GGGCUUUUGUAGGCACGUGCGAGGGAAGUGCGUGCACGAACCGGUGUAGAACCUUCUGGGUCUUUAGGAAACAAUUUAAGAACUCUCAUUUCAACUACCAAAUAGGGUUUCGUUUCAACAAUCUUCAUCGCAACGCCAUGACUACUCCCGGCGAGUUUUACAAAUCGCUUCCACCUAUAACCAAGGCUUAUGGAACAGCUUGUUUCGUUGCUACCGUAGCGUAUGAACUUGGAUUAUAUAAACCACAGUACAUUGCACUAAUAUUCGGACAAGUGUUCUAUCGUUUUCAGGUUUGGAGGCUGGUCACAAACUUCUUUUUCCUCGGUGGAUUCUCCAUCAGUUUUGCUUUUCAUCUUUUAAUGCUAAUAAGGUACGGUAUGCAACUUGAGAAGGGGCCAUUUGAAAGACGAACUGCUGAUUUCUUGUGGAUGAUGAUAUUCGGAGCAUUUGCACUAUUGGUUUUGUCUGUAAUCGUAAUCCCCUUUUUUCGGUCCGCGUUUUUGGGAGUAUCGCUUGUUUUUAUGCUCCUUUAUGUAUGGAGUAGAGAAUUUCCAAAUGCCGUAGUCAGCUUUUAUGGACUUGUUUCACUUAAGGCCUUCUAUCUUCCGUGGACGAUGCUUGCUUUGGAUGUCCUUUUUGGUUCUAGCAUAAUGCCUGAUCUGUUAGGUAUCAUUGCGGGACAUCUUUUCUACUUCUUGACAGUCUUGCAUCCAUUAGCAGGUGGAAAAAACAUUUUGAAGACUCCAAUGUGGGUACACAAAGUGGUUGCAAGAUGGAGAAUUGGAGGACCACAAAAUACUCGUGGCCAGCCUGUUAACAAUGUCCAACCAGAGAGCACUUCAGGAGUUUUCAGGGGAAGAUCCUACCGACUUAAUGGAUAGAUGCAGUAAAGAAAGAGGGUGAACUUUGCUGACAAGUUGUUUCACCACUGACAUAUGGAACUAAACAUCCCUUGUGAAUUUGAAUGAGAACACUCUGUAUGAACCUUGACAGUUCAUUGAAAAGCAAACUUUCUUUUGGGGGAGCCAUAUAAUUUGAAUAGUUAUCUUGGGAAAAUUUUACUUGUAAGAAACACUAGGAAAAAAACUUGUGAAGUUAGUAGUUGUCAAAUGUUAAUCUUGAUUACUUCUAUAUUCAGUAGUAUUAAAGUC